GGAGGCGUGAACGGAGGGUGGCGAGUGGGUAGAGAUUCUCGGUGGAGGUCGCAGCAUGUGCAAGGCCCCCUGAGCUGGUUCCAGAGUUCCCAGGAACUACUGGGCCUUAAGAUGUCUUCGCUGGUGAGACCUCACAGAGGACAAUAUGGAAGACCUUCAGUGGCUAAAAGCAUUGAUGAAUUAUGGCGGAAUGUGGCUGAUUAUUCAAAAGGGAGUGACGAUCACCGUGCCCGGUACCAGCACCCUCCGUUAGAUGAUGCCAGCAGCUGGGACAUUUGGAAAGAGGGGCUUUUCCAGCACUUUUAUCAGAUGGUUCAGAAAGAGCGUGAUCGAGAGCGGCCUUCAGAUUGCAUUAUUGUUUCUGUCAACAAGGAACAGAGGGAAUACGCAACAGUCAUAGGCCAUCGGUUGCAAGAUCACGGCCUCGUGGUGGAAAUGAUUCACCUCACCUCUGAGUCGGGCCUCACUCGCGCCCUGCAGGAAGUUAAGGACGACGGCUCCCCGUUUUGUGUCCUUGUCGAACAGUCUAAUGUAAGACUUUCUUCUUGCACCGUAAUUACGCUUCAUGAGUCCGUGAAAAUACAUCGUCACAUGCCCCUGGAGGAUGCCCUGGUGCUGGUGGCUAAGGCGUAUAGGAGACUUUUUGCUAAACGGGAGCAGCAGGAACAUGCUGGCAUUUCUCUGAGGGCUGGAGAGCUGGUAGAUGACUUCCUGGCCCGGGAGUGCCUCACCAGCUACACUGUCCCCGUGGGCGUUCGGCACCUCCUCUUCCUGUUGAAUGAGGGAAAACAUUUGCACAGGAGUGAGUUGGACUUGCUCAUCGACUACCUGAAGACCAGGAAAGGGAAGCUGGAAGGCCUUGAGACACCAAGUCCUUUGAGUAGCAGUGAUCAUUCGUCACUUCAAGGCAGGAACACCUCCAUCGUGGGCAAGCCACCUCCACUUCUUCCAACUCCCGGAAAGAGGGCCUUCCUGAGCCCUCCUCCCCCCGCUCCUGCCAAGUCCCCCUUGUUAGGGGAUAGGCCGGGAGGACUCCUUCCGCACCCAGGACCGGUCAACCCCAAAAGUCUGUUUCCCCCUCCCCCGCUUCUAGCAGCCCCUUCCAAGAGGACCGCUCCUUUGGGAUGCACCCCUCCAAAGCCUGGCAAGCGUCCACUUCUUGGAGAGAAACCAGGCCUUUUAGCACCACCACCAGCACGUGCGCAGGCGGUGUCUUUGCUGAACUAAGGAGGGCUCCGCUGAGCCAGGAGCACAAGGUGGCUGCCGCCCAGAGGGCAACUUCCCGUCCUCCGAGGACCAAGCCCGCAGCACCGAUGGCCAGACAGUGGGGACAGAUGUGGCAUCCCUUCUGUCAACACGUGGUCCUGGGGAAACUUUUCAUGUUGUGCCAAACUAGAGAUUUGUGGAAGGUCGUCGUCAUGGGCCUUGGACUCGGAAGUUGUUCAGUGACAUGCAUGUUAAAAUGCGAUUUAAAACUUUCGGCUUUUACAUAGGGUGCCCCCUUUUUAAAAGCUUGUUAAUUUGGAAUGACUUUAAAUUUACAGGACAUUCACAGAGAUAGCAUAGGGGCUCCCUCCGCGCAGCUUCCCCGAGCGUGACCAUCUUAGCCGUGGUACAGUUCCCGGGGCUAACACGGGUUCGGCAAUGGCACCCGUGCUGCCGACUUCGUGUUUCUCCAGUUUCCCCACUAAUGUCGUUUUUCUGUUUCAGGAACCUGUUCUGGGGACCACAUUGCCGUUAGGCCCCUUUUAAUUUUACUAUGUUCUAGUUGUUUUUUACUAUUAUUAUAAAAACAUUUUGAAUAUACAGAAAAUUUGAAUGAAUAGUGCAACGAAUACCCAUAUAUUCUGUAGCCAGAUUCAACAGUUGCUAAAAUUCUGUCAU